AUGAGUCAGAACAGUCAAGGCUCCUCUGAUCAUAUACAAAACCGCUUUCGACAUUUCAUUAGGAGACCAGAAAAUACCCCAUUAUCUAGAGGUGAUAUACAAUUUGAAUUUCUUAAACAUUUAUUCACAGAUGAAAAUAGAAUCUUCACUGAUCCUUUUCCCAAAUCAAAAUUUCAAAUACCUAAAGCUUCAAAAGAUCAUAAGCUCACAUUUGGUGAAUUUUAUAGAAAAACUUUAGCACAUCAUUUGGGUCCCAAAAAAUCAAUGUCUCAGAAGUUAAUCGAUGAUACACAUGAAUCACGAUCAUAUGCCAUACUGUUCUUUUUAUUAAAUAUCAACUGUUUGAGUGGAAUUAUUACUUUCUUUCAUGCCUCCAAUGCAGCACAAAGAACAUUUCAUACAAUACCUUGUCUACAAGUUUAUGGUAAACAUAAAGCAGAUGUAAUCAUAUUUCCAGAAUUAAAUGCUAUGAGAACUCUCUUAAAUAUUACUACAAAAGCAAAUAAAGAGUGGUACUCAAUGAAUAAUGUUGAAAGUCAUAAAAAGAUGCCUGUUGGGUCAAUCUCAAACUUCCUAAUGUCGCUUCUUGGCUCAGAAGAUCACCUCAAUAAUGUGUAUUUUAAAAAAGAAAAUUACAAAUUAUAUGAUAUAUUCAAAAACAAGUCAUUUGAUCCUAAAUCUCGGGUUAAAUUAUUUUUAUGGAUUACAUAUAGAUAUAUUGAAACUGAUUCGAAAGAACACAAUAAGGAAACUAAUCCAUUUGGUCCACUUCCUCCAAAGUUAAGAAAAGCUGAAUAUACAUAUGAUAUAGAUACCCCUGAAGAAUUAAAGUUUGGAGAAGACAGUAUGAAGGCUAGGCUUGAAUAUUUGAAAGAUAUGGGUUACGGUACAGUAAAGAAACCUAAAUCAUCUGUUAAAAAAUCCACAGUUGGUACAUCCCCAAAACGACCUCCGGGAAGGCCCCCUAAGAAUUCACCUGGGAGACCAAGAAAAGUGAGAUACAUUAUAGAUGAUGAUGAUGAUGAAGAGGAAGAAAUAGAAGAGGAAAGUGAUGUUUCUGAUGAUAGUGGUGAUGGAUUUGAGGAAUGGGAUGAGGAUCAAAUUGAGGAAGAUGAAGAUGAUGAGGAAGAUGAUGAAGAUGAUGAAGACGAGUAUCACGAAGAUCAAUAUGAGGAGAAAGAUAAAGAAAGAGAUGGUGCUGGUGCUGGUGAUGGUGAUGAUGAUAAUCCAACUGAGGAAGAGCCAAUGGGGGUAGAAGGUACAGAAGAAGUUGAAGCACCAAAGAAACCAAAGAAACCAAUACAUGUAAUUGCUAGAGCCAAAAUAAAACGUACAGACAAAUCACAUUCAAAGUACAAAGUCAUUAAGAAAAUACCAAUAGAAGAAGAUAAUGAUACCCAAAAACCUAAAAGAAGAAAGAUCGAGGUUCAAGUUCAACCAAGAGUACCUGUCAAACAAUUGAGAAAACUGCCAAAUCCUAAAUACCCACUAGUUGAUCCUUCUACAGCAAUUAAUGAAUCAUUGAGUAACCUUUAUAAAGGUUUUGUUGAACUUUAUGGUGAAAAUCCUAUUGGUGUUUAG